AUGCCACGACUUCCAUUACUUGCACAGUUUUGGUUCCUCGUGUCAGCUCCUGUUGUAAUCAUUGAUGCCAUUUUUGUUUGCAUGCGCUCUAAACUGGGAGAUACUCCACAUCCCCUUGCAGAUACACCACCGUUCAAUUAUUGGAUGAUAUACGCUACAUAUGAUCAACGAUAUGCGCCUAACGAUGACGCAUUUGUGGUGGUUCAAAGUUGGCUUAAUUUAUUAGAGGUAUUUCUUGGAUUAUUGGCGGUAUUACUCUCUUGGAGAGGAAACCCAAGCUGUAGUAUAAAGUUAGCUCUCAUUGUAAGUGUAAUGACAUUGUAUAAAACUAUUAUGUAUUUGUUAAUGGAUGUUGUUGAGGGUGGAAAGUAUACACACCACAAUGAACCCAUGGACACUCUAAAGAUGGUAGUGCUGCCCAGUUUGGUGUGGGUUGUGAUGCCGGCAGUGGUGAUCAUGCAAUGUGUGCGACGUCUCUCUUUUGCGGCCAACAGUAACGCAGCGGCAACACGAAAACAGAAAAAAGGAUAA